AUGAUUAACCCAUUCAGAGAAUCCUUGAAAUCACAUCCUGAUCGUGUACCUGCCGACUCUUCUGAGCGGCCUGCCCGAACGCGCAAAUUUCAGGAAAUCAAUGAUGCCUAUUAUACCCUUUCAGAUGAGUCACGUCGGAGAGAGUACGACGCAACAAGGCCGGUGGAAGAAACCGAGGAUGAAGUGCCCCUAAGUGGCACCGGGGGAUUUUCAUGGUCUUCAUUUGGGUUUGGCACGAGCGACCGUGAACAACGCGCCUCUGAACAGUUUGGUUCUGUAUUUGAAGAGAUGCUACGCGAGGAGGGCCUCGCUAGUGAUGAUACUGACGCUGAUGGCCGUCGGCGGACCAGGCCUACAUCUCGCUUCUGGUCUAUUGUUGGUGGAAUAAGUGGCGGUGCACUUGGGUUUAUUGUCGCCAAUGCUGCCGGUGCUUUCGCUGGUGCAGUUGCAGGAAAUCGGCUCGGCGCUGUUCGUGAUGCGAAGGGCAAAAGCGUCUACGAGGUCUUCCUAGAUCUUCCGCAGGGUGACCGUGCCAGGUUAUUAAGCGAAUUGGCAGCCAAAGACCGUCCUGUAAGGGACACAAUCUGUCUUUUCGACGUCGACGGUACAUUGACUCCUGCGAGAAGGACUAUCUCUCCCGAAAUGCUCCAGCUCCUCUCUCAAUUGCGCCAUAGGUGUGCUAUUGGAACCGUUGGUGGCUCUGAUCUUGCCAAGCAGCAAGAGCAAUUAGGCACAUCCUCGACAAAAGUCUCCUCACUUUUCGAUUUUUGCUUUGCCGAAAAUGGAUUGACUGCAAUUCGCUUGGGCAGGUCCCUCAUCGGUAACAGCUUUAUCGCGUGGAUAGGGGAAGAGAAAUACCAAAAGUUGGUUAAUUUCUGCCUCAAGUACAUCGCGGAUCUGCAGCUGCCAAAGAAACGUGGUACUUUCGUCGAGUUCCGCAACGGAAUGAUUAAUGUCAGCCCCGUUGGUCGCAAUGCCAGUGUCGAAGAGAGAAAUGAAUUCGAAGCCUAUGACAAACAGCACAACAUCAGAAAGGGCUUCGUAGAAGCCCUCAGGACAGAAUUUCCUAACUACGGCCUUAGUUACUCGAUUGGUGGCCAAAUCUCAUUCGAUGUUUUCCCAACGGGUUGGGACAAGACCUACUGCCUGCGCCAUAUUGAAGCCGAGAAAGAUCUCUCGGGCAUUGAAUACAAGACCAUUCACUUCUUCGGUGAUAAGUCUUUUCCCGGAGGUAAUGAUUACGAGAUCUAUAGCGAUUCUAGGACAGUUGGGCAUGCGGUCAAGGACCCCGAAGAUACCAUGAAGCAGCUGAGAGAAAUAUUCCAGCUGCAAACCUGGGAUUAA